AUGAGCAGCGCCUCAAUGGCGGCCUGCUUCAACUACGACAGCCCUCAGAAGUCCAAGGGUGAUACUAAAAAGGACACUCCGCUAAAUAUGGACGCCGGACUUGCUAAGCUUUACAUAAAUAUUAUUACAGUUGCAUUACACCGUCCUCAAUCGGCGACUUCUCGUCAAGAGGAGGAGCUGAUACAAAAGAGUAUCAGGGCUCUGAACUCUACUACCGAUCCAUUGGAGAGACUUAGGCUCCUAUGUCUCUCGAGAGGAGCUUCAGGAAUACUGGGCCUUGGAAGAAUCUUCAGACGAAUGGACGAUGAUGGCAGCAAGCAGCUAAAUAUGGAGGAAUUCCUGAAUGGUAUUAAGGAAGCGGGUUUGGAGCUCAAUAGAGAGGAGGCUGACGACUUGUUUAAGAAGUUUGAUAAAGAUAACAGCGGUUCUAUCAGCCUUGAUGAAUUCCUCGUUCAGAUUCGGCCUCCGAUGUCCGAUGGUCGUCGGGCCAUAGUGGAGCAAGCAUUCAGGAAGUUGGAUCGCUCUGGUGAUGGACUCAUCACCGUUGAUGAUGUAAAGGGGGUGUAUUCUGUCACUUCGAACCCCAGAUACAUGAGCGGUGAAGAGACAGAGGAACUGAUUUUGAACAAAUUCCUCGCUAACUUUGAAACUGAUGGCAUUGUUGAUGGAAAGAUAACUCUGCAAGAGUUUAUGGAUUACUACAGCGGUAUAAGUGUUUCUAUCGACAAUGACUGCUACUUCGACCUCAUGAUGAGACAGGCUUACAAACUAAUAAAUGUCAAAAUGUCUUAA